GUUUCUAAAAAAAACACUCCACUCAGUCAAUGCUCCACUCUCGUCAGUGAACAGCUCUUGGUGUGGAGUUCAGCCUGAUGCAUGCCAUGACUGCUUUCUGCCGGAUACUGCUCCUGUUAUCUGUGGCUGUGGCCCCUGCGGUGACGCGCAGCUCCCAGCGGACGAAGAGAGGCUUACUGGAGCUGGCGGGAACCAUCAAAUGCAGCACGGGGAGAUCUGCUCUGGCUUACAUGAUGUAUGGAUGCUACUGUGGGCUGGGGGGGCAAGGCUGGCCCAGAGACAAGGCGGACUGGUGUUGCCACAGACAUGAUUGCUGUUAUGGAGAUGCAGAGCUUCUUGGGUGCCGAACCAAAACAGACCAGUAUCAGUGGAAGUGUGAGGACAAGGAAGCGGAGUGUGAUGAUCUGGAGGACAAAUGUGAAAAGAUGCUGUGCAAGUGUGACAGAAACGCUGCCAAAUGUUUGAGAAAAGCACCCUUCGACCAAAAAUAUGCCCUAUGGCCAGAUUUCCUCUGUGGCCACGACCAUCCAAUGUGUAGUAUUUACUGACACAAUAUUAUUUUUUAAAAUAUUUUUUUUAUUUUUUUAUUUUUUUCACAAUGAGUUACAUUAUAGGGUAUUCUUCCCUCCCCCCUCCCGGUCCUACAUAGUAAAGUAGAUAAAUAAAUAAAUACAUAUAUAGGUAAAAAUAAAGUAAUGUAAAAAAAAGAAAAAUACACACACAUUUACAUACACAUAUACAUACACAUAUAUACACAUACACAUACACAUACACGCACGUGCAUACAUGUAUAAUACAAUAAUAAAAUACAUGCAUAGUCACCCCUUCCUUCUUAACUUAGUGUCUUUAGUUCAGCUAUGGGCUAUCGCAGAGCCCCAGACAGAUUCAAAUAUUUCUGAUGAGCCCCUCAGGUUAUAUUUAGUCUUCUCCAAGUUCAGAUACAACAUAAGAUCUUUAAGCCAUAGAGAUGCUUUAGGUGCUAACGAGGAUUUUCAUUCUAGUAGUAUUCUUCUACGUGCUAAUAGAGAUGCAAAGGCUAUACUGCCCUUAGUUUUCCUCCUCAUCAUUCGGUGGCCAGGUAGUACUCCAAAAAUGGCAGUUUCUGCACAUGGUGUCAAUACCAUGCGCAAGGCCUCAGCAAGGUGUUUGAAAAUGCUUGUCCAGUAUCAGUUUACUGACACAAUACAAGUGCCUUUUGUAAAUAAAGCAUUUAACAUUACUCAUGCUAAUGGCAUAAAUAUCUGACUUGUAUUGUUUUUCUUUACUGUUAUCAGACUCUUGAAUUAAAGUUGAAACCGAUAAGGAAGUGUGUAUGGGGUGAUAUAGAGUUGUUGCAAACACCCUGUCUUGACUCCAAGCUGCAGUAGAAUCACACAAUGAAAAGGCAACUUGAGCGUUCCUCUGCCGAAACUCAGACAAAACCCAACCCGGAUGUCAGAUGUUUAUCCGGGAGGGAACGAUCAGAUCUGCUGCUCACAACAACAGAACUUUUAUUUGUUGAAUUACUGUGCAGGGCAUUGCCCGAAUUAAAGCUCUGACGUUGACUCAGCUUUUUUCUGGCUAGUGUUGAUUCAGUGGGGGUUUAAAAAUAGGGUUCUUAGACAUUUGGAAAGCCAAUGUGCAAACUGAGGUUUUCCUACUUUGCUAUUUUUAAAAUCUGCUGUGACACUUUCUUUCCUUUUUUACCACCAAAACCCAUGUAUGAAAUAUUGUCGCUGCAGGUCUUACAUGUUCACUUCCUUUAAAGGCAUUAGAGUUCCACUACACUCUUACAGAUUGUAAUACUUAAAAUAACUUUUCACCACGGUCAAUAAAUAGCUAUUAAGUGAUCUCAUGUGAUGUCAUUGGCUGUUCAUCAUCACUUGGUUAUUAUAUGAUAUCUAUAGACAUUGGCCUGCAGAUGGUGCCAUAUUCACAAAUAGUACACUUGAAGCCCACUGACACAACAGGAAAUAUGCAUUUAUGGAAACAUCCUUGCACAAUAAGAGUCUUAAUAUGACUAACGUUAAUACAAAAUAUAUUAUUUAAAUAUAUUAAAAAAAGUGAUUAUGCAUUGAAUUUCCUUGUGGCCUGUUGUUGACUGAGUGUUUGAAUGUUUACAUGCUCUAAAUUAGAUUUAUUUUGGUCCAGUUGGUUUUGGAUUUGGCUUGGGAACCUCCCCAGUGAAAGUCCCACUCUCAAGUCCUAACCCCAUUUCCCCCCACACCCAGUAAACAUGACCACCCGGCUGUAAUCAGAGUAAACACAGCCCUCCCAGAUGUGACUGCUCAAGUGAGUUUUUACGCUGCGAAGCUCCGUCCGUGAGUUCACACGGGAAACUCAGUUUCUUUGUUGAGUGUGGACUGAAAUGCGAGAUGAUGCCGUGGUGCAGUGUCCAAAGCCCGGGACUGGAAAUAAGUAUCUGGGUCAUGGCCCACAAACACUUGCCUGAUUAUGUCCAACAAGCGGGCAUGAGUUGUGAAGUUAUGGAAUUCAUACGCCUCAAUCCGAGUCCCACUGUCCUGUUAAAGUGUGUUGUUCUACUUCUGUUCAAACAAGAAGAAAAAGGUAUGGAAAUGCAAUUAAUACAACCACUGUGUAGUUAAAGUAAUAAUUAGGAAGCCAUCAACUGCCAUGUUUUUUCCCCCUCCCUUUUUCCAAUGAUAUAAAUUCGCAUUUAUUAUUUUUCUCGAGAUCACAAGUUAUUUAUGUGAUUAUCUCCAAAUAAAAAAUGGUCUUUCCCUUUCAUUAAAAGGUAAUGACAAUCGUUCAAGUAGCCUACUUUAUUUCCUCCGUCAGUUAAUUUUUGUUUUCAAGAAGAAAGGUUAUUUAUGUCAUUAUCUGGAAAUACCAAAUGUUGUUUUACCGAGAUGAAGAGAUAGGUCCUAUCAUGUUUAGUUAAUGAACUGUUUUCUUGUGAUCUCAACAAACACAAUUAAUGUAACCAUUGCCUUUCGGGGCUUCCGUAACAUGUAAACAUCUUGUGUUGUAUAAAAAUAAACAUUAACUAACCUGUUUUUGAUGGAAGCCAUUAAUGGCCAUGACAUUUUAUUUUUUUGUUUUUUUCCUUUUUCAACAACUAACUUGUAUUUGUGUCCUCGAGAAUACAAGCCAUUGGUGUCAUUAUCUUGGAAUAACAAUGUUGUUUCCCCUGGAUAAUGGGAUGAUUUUCUUUGGAAAUGUACAUAAUUCAUUUGAAAUCAGAAAAAUAAAAUAAACGUUUUAAUCUGGAAUACAGAUCAUUUUUUGAUGAUGACAUAAAAACACAUGUGAUCUCGAAAGUACAAGUAAAAGGAAAAUAAAAUGAUUGAACCAUGGC